AAAACAAAUGCUUUUUAGGUUAAACUGUUUUUAAAAACAAGAACGAUUAUAAACGUUUGUUAUAGAAUACAAAUAAUGCUAUAAAAAUGGCAGCAGCACCACCGCAAGCCUUAGUUAAUCGCAAUAAAAAACACUUCCUCGGCGUACCAGCACCUCUCGGAUACGUAGCAGGUGUAGGUCGAGGAGCCACCGGAUUCACCACUCGUUCUGAUAUCGGUCCUGCUAGAGAUGCAAACGACGUAUCCGACGACAGGCACGCUCCUCCUGCCGCCAAAAGAACCAAAAAGAAGGACGAGGAGGAAGAAAAAGAGGAAGAGGAAGAUUUAAACGACUCCAAUUACGACGAAUUCAGCGGGUAUGGCGGCUCUUUAUUUUCGAAAGAUCCUUACGACAAAGACGAUGCUGAAGCGGACGCGAUUUACGAGGCCAUAGAUAAACGUAUGGACGAGAAACGGAAGGAAUACCGAGAGAAAAGACUGCGCGAAGAGCUCGAAAAGUAUCGACAAGAAAGACCGAAGAUCCAACAGCAGUUCUCCGAUUUAAAAAGAGACUUGGCACAAGUCAGUGAAGAAGAAUGGAAAACCGUACCUGAAGUAGGUGAUGCAAGAAACAAGAAACAGAGGAACCCCAGGGCUGAAAAAUUCACCCCGUUACCAGACAGCGUGUUAUCGAGGAACCUAGGCGGAGAGGCUACUACCUCCAUAGAUCCUAAUUCAGGAUUGUCGAGCAUGGUACCGGGAGUAUCCACGCCUGGCAUGCUUACUCCCACAGGAGAUAUGGAUUUGAGGAAAAUCGGCCAGGCGAGAAACACUCUAAUGAACGUAAAACUAUCGCAAGUCUCUGACUCCGUAACAGGUCAAACGGUAGUCGAUCCCAAAGGAUACCUCACCGAUUUACAAUCGAUGAUACCUACUUACGGAGGAGACAUAAACGAUAUAAAGAAAGCCAGGUUACUGCUCAAAUCUGUCAGAGAAACGAAUCCCAAUCAUCCCCCCGCAUGGAUUGCCAGUGCUAGAUUAGAAGAGGUUACAGGCAAGACUCAGGCGGCAAGAAACCUGAUAAUGAAGGGUUGCGAAGUAAACCCACAGAGCGAAGAUCUGUGGCUCGAAGCAGCUCGUUUGAACCCGGCCGAUACAGCUAAGGCCAUAAUAGCCCAAGCAGCCAGGCAUAUUCCCACAUCGGUUCGCAUUUGGAUUAAAGCCGCCGACGUCGAAACGGAAACCAAAGCGAAGCGCAGAGUGUUCAGGAAAGCUCUGGAACACAUCCCGAAUUCCGUCAGGCUGUGGAAAGCCGCCGUGGAAUUGGAAAACCCGGACGACGCCAGGAUAUUGCUGUCCCGAGCCGUCGAAUGUUGCCCCACCGCUUUAGAACUUUGGCUGGCUCUAGCUCGCUUGGAAACGUACGAAAACGCCAGGAAAGUACUCAACAAAGCCAGAGAAAACAUACCCACGGACAAGCAAAUUUGGACAACGGCCGCCAAGUUGGAAGAGGCCAACGGCAACCACCACAUGGUUGAAAAAAUCAUCGAGAGAGCCAUCACCUCGUUGAGUUCGAACGGCGUCGAAAUCAACAGAGAACACUGGUUCAAAGAGGCCAUCGAAAGCGAGAAGGGCGGCCACAUUCACUGUUGUCGCGCCAUAGUGAAGGCCAUCAUCAGUUACGGAGUCGAACCGGAGGACCAGAAACACACGUGGAUGGAGGACGCGGAGAAUUGCAUCAAUCAAGGAGCGUUCGAAUGCGCUCGAACGGUCUACAACAUAGCCCUGACCACGUUCCCCGGAAAGAAGUCGAUUUGGCUGCGAGCGGCGUAUUUGGAGAAGAGCCACGGCACUAGAGAGAGCCUGGAAAGUUUGCUACAAAGAGCUGUAGCGCAUUGUCCCAAGAGCGAGGUUCUGUGGUUGAUGGGAGCCAAAAGUAAAUGGUUGGCGGGUGACGUACCAGCAGCUAGAGGUAUACUAUCGCUGGCUUUCCAAGCCAAUCCGAACAGCGAAGAAAUCUGGCUGGCAGCCGUGAAGCUGGAAUCGGAGAACAAAGAGUACGAAAGGGCCCGCAGGCUUUUGGCCAAAGCUAGAGGCUCGGCACCGACUCCUAGGGUGAUGAUGAAGAGCGCUAAAUUAGAGUGGUCUUUGAACGAUUUGAAGGCCGCCUUGCAUCUCUUAGACGAAGCUCUGAAGGUGUUUCCCGAAUUCGAAAAGCUCUGGAUGAUGGUCGGGCAGAUAUACGAGCAGAAAGAGGACCUAUCCAAAGCGUUCGAUGCGUACAAUUCGGGUAUUAAAAAGUGCCCGAAUUCCAUACCGCUGUGGUUGUUGCUGUCCAGGUUAGAGGAGAAGCGAGGUUUGUUGAUAAAAGCUCGAUCGGUGCUGGAAAAAGCGCGAUUGAGGAAUCCCAAAAACGACCAGCUCUGGCUGGAGGCCAUAAAGGUGGAAAUCCGCGCCGGCAUGAAGGACAUCUCCAACGCCAUGAUGGCCAAGGCCGUACAGGAAUGCCCGACGUCGGGCAUCCUGUGGGCGGAGAGCAUCUUCAUGGAGCCGAGGCCGCAGCGCAAGACCAAGUCCGUGGACGCGUUGAAGAAGUGCGAGCACGAUCCGCACGUGUUGCUCGCCGUCAGCAAGCUGUUCUGGUCGGAGAGGAAGAUAUCCAAGUGCAGGGAAUGGUUCCAGCGGACGUUGAAGAUCGAACCGGACCUCGGGGAUUCGUGGGCGUAUUGGUACAGGUUCGAGCAGCUGCACGGCGCCAAGGAGCAGCAGGAGGAGGUGAAGCAGCGGUGUUUGCUGGCGGAGCCGCACCACGGCGAGUUGUGGUGCGCCGUUUCGAAGAAUAUUAAAAACGUCGGGUUGAGUACAGAGCAGAUUUUGAAGAUCGUUGCUAAGGAUCUACCUAUUCCGGUUUAAUGUUGUAUUGUAGACACUAGGUGUUAUAAAAACUAUGUUAAGAGGAACCAGUA